AUGAUUUUAAUGAUAAAAAAAAAUGUUUAGAGCGAAUUUCCUGAAAAUUUUACCCCUCUUUGUGGCUGGACGAGAGAAAGCAUCAAAUUGGCAGCAUUUGCAUCGUUUAUUUGCGCUUUUUAUUUACUUUGAAAAUAGCCAGCUCAGCUAUGUAAGCAAUCAAAGCCAAUACGCAUCAUAACCUUGUUAUAAAACCCUGGUGCUACAUAUAAUUGCAGCAAAGCAAACAUCAGUCAGCAACAGGGGGUUGGAAUGGAAUAAACGCGAGGGUGUGAGAAAAGUGGAUGGUGGGGUGUGGAAAUGAUGUGGAAGCGUGCGCAGAGUGCGAGUCCAGAGAUCCGCGAACGAGAGGGAAUCCACCGUGUCGGGCCCCGCAGUUUGCUCAGGGUGCGCGAAAUAGUCAGGAUGCAGCUCGGCUGGACCCCUUUGCAUCUGAAUGUGAACGAGGAGAUCACUUUCCUCUUGACACUGGAUAAAACUGUCAUCAAGUUCUGUGUUAAGUAGUGCGAUUAAAGGAUGUACAAUUCGCUUAAGAGAAGUUCCAAAUCCAAAGGUAUUAAAUUUUAACUCCAGUGAGACACGAAAAGCUGAGCUAAAAAAAGUGGAGUUCUUUUGCAUUUUCCAAUAAUAUAAUUUUUGUCAUUAAAAAUUAAUGAAAUUUUUUUUAUCUUUUUUAUAAUUGUGUCAAGAAAAUUAAUUUUAUUUUAUACUUUUUUGUUGGAUUUUUUAUUUUAUUUUUUAAAAUAAUUUAUUACUUUUUGUUAAAAUUUUCCUCUAGAUCAAAUCGAAAUUUCUUUGGAAAAAUACCGGCCGAUUCUGUAUGAACUUUUGAUGCAAUAUGAACUCGUCCGACUAUGGAAAUUUCUGCACGUCGGCGAACUGGACGGAAGACGCGGAGUGCCAGUUACUGGACAACGAGGGCUCGUUGUUCCAAGUUCCGACGGCGAUGGUCGUGCUACUGUCCAUCUGCUACGGCGCCAUCUCGGUUGUGGCCGUCGUGGGCAAUUCGCUGGUCAUCUGGGUAAUCGUGUGCAGCCGUCGGAUGCAACGCAGUGCCACGAAUUGUUUCAUCGCCAACCUGGCCAUGGCCGACAUCGCCAUCGGACUUUUCUCCGUGCCUUUCCAGUUCCAAGCCGCACUUCUGCAGCGGUGGAACUUGCCCAACUUCAUGUGCGCCUUCUGCCCUUUUGUACAGGUGCUGAGCGUGAACGUGUCGGUUUUUACGUUGACCGCGAUCGCCGUGGACCGUCACCGCGCCAUCGUAAAACCCCUUCGCGGCGCCAGACCGUCCAGUUUGCGAGCCCGGCUCACCGUGGCGUCGAUCUGGGUGCUCGGCGGAGCACUAGCGCUGCCCAUGACCAUCGCCAUGCGAGUGACCCUCCUGCAAAACGGCGGCGUCACGAAGCCCUUUUGCUACAACAUAAACCUCAGCCCCGAGCAGAUGACGCUGUACCGACGCGUGCUGGUGGCACUGCAGUACUUUGUGCCCCUGUGCGUCAUCAGUGCCGUCUACGUGAGGAUGGGCCUCCGCCUCUGGGGCUCCAGGGCCCCCGGCAACGCUGAAAACACGCGGGAUGCCAAUUUGCUGCGCAACAAAAAGAGGGUCAUCAAAAUGUUGGUCAUCGUCGUGGCAAUUUUUGCAAUUUGCUGGCUGCCACUUCAAAGCUACAACGUUCUCCAGGACAUCUACCCUCAGAUAAAUGGGUACAAAUACAUCAACAUAAUCUGGUUCUGCUGCGACUGGCUGGCAAUGAGCAACAGUUGUUACAAUCCUUUCAUUUAUGGCAUCUAUAACGAAAAGUUCAAGCGCGAGUUUCGGCAGCGUUUGCGCAUCCUGUGUCCACGUCGGCAGUGGGAACCGGCGGCCGAGAACAGCUCUGUGGUCGGCGCAGACGUUGAGCUGAGCGACUACGACAAGACUCGCAAGGGCCGCACCCUGACACCGCUCAACGGCGGCUCAACCUUUGUGUACCGCAGCUCGAGUGUCCGAUGCAAGGACAACGUGCACGUCAACUCGGGUCCGACGUACAAUCACGCAUCCACUUCGUCGCCACACGCGUCCAACCACUUGAGAAUUUGCCAACACCAGCAGCCGCACCAUCAUUUGCACGAACUCGAUUUCUAAGUCAGUGCCAACGCCAACAACGUAAGUAUCGACAAGAAGUGUACGUGUGACGGAUUUAUCCCCGCCCGAUAUUAAAUUUUGUAAGAAAAAAAAACUAACUAAGACUCAUUCAAAAAAUUUUGUGCGGUUCUGAGAAAAUGAUUUUGUGCUCAAUUAGUAGAGAAGGUGUUUUUAGGAAGCUUUAAUAAGUGUUUCUAUCUCAUGGUUGUGUCAAAAUUUGUUGUUUAUGGAUAUUUGAAUUUCUUUAAGAAAAAAAAUAAUUAAUGUUAAACAUUUUUAAAGAGCCUAAUUUGGCUCAGGCUAACUAAAUACGUCAUUUGAAUUGAAUGACAGUUUGUUAGCCUCAAACUGUCACCCUCAUUAAGCUAUGUUUGCCUGGACCAGGUCGUGAGUCUAAUUUUUAUUUAGCUUGGGAGCAAAGUUGACUUAAGAACUCAUAAUCAAACGCACGGGCCAGAACUAAAAUCAAAGGACAGGUCAACGUUGUAGCUGCCGAGCUAAAAUCCUUAGCCAGGUAAGUCUUCAUAAAAACGCCGAAAAAAGCUUUGAUUAGAGCUAAAAGAAAAAAAAAACUUUUUAAAUGUUAGUCAAAAUUUUUUUUUAACCGUGUUAAGUUUUCAUAACAUCUUGACUGUUUCAUGUAUUAAAUUUUAUAAAUUGUUGCCCAUCUUUAAUUUUUCUCUCCAAAAUAUCAAAGUUUGUUUAAAAAAAACACACGAGGUACCUAAUAUUUAAAAUAAUUGUGAUUAUAUGAAUCUAGUUGAUUAUUUUUUAACUAUGUAUUAUGGUGCUAUAUUAUAACCCAUGACUGUUUCCAUGAUCUCUCGUCAAAAUCCUUGUAAUUGAUGUUUCAAUGAAAUGUUGAUGAAGGGGAAAAUGAAACGCAAAAACUGUAUAUAAAGUGAAAUAAUUAUAUUAUAUUGAAAUAAAUUAUUAACCUACUGUCAUUCGCGAUGUUAUGUAUCAAUGGAGAUUACUGAUCGUGAACGAAAAAUAAAUAACGAAAAU